CACAUGCGCAGUAGCGCGGGUCGGGGUCUUUUUCGCGCCGCCCUGGUGUCCCCAGGGGGACGAAUCUGGCACCGCCGCGCCGGCUCCGUACGGUGGCCGAGUGGGGCCCAUUCUCUCCGCCCGCCGCUCUUUGUCAGGCGGGAGGAGUCCGUCAGGGAGCGGAGGAAAAGGAGGAGGCAGUUUGCUCCGUUUGGGUAAAAUGGGCUCGAAACAGAUUGCGCAGGAAACCUUUGAUGAUGCAGUGCAAGAAAACAUCACGGAGUUUGAGAUGGAUCCAGAAGAGGCUGUGAGGGAAGCUGUGCAGCAGUUUGAAUCCCAAGGUGUUGACCUAAGCAACAUUGUGAAAGCUGUGCAGCCUCCUGCCUCUGAAAAUGGGCAAAGGCAGAAGCAUGAAAUUUUGCUGACUUUAGAUUCCCUGGGGAGAGCUGUAGCUGACUCUGAUCUCCCCGAGAUGGCAGAGCAGUUGGUGGUCUUCACUGAGCAGUGCAAGGAGCAGCUGGCAUUCCGUUACCUGGCGGGGCAGAACGGUGCUUACCCCGUGGUCUUCUCCGCCUGCCAGUUGGCUUCAGGAGACAGAAGUUUAAUGCUGAAAGCCUUUUCUACUCUCUCUGCCCUCUUGGAUGGGCAGCCAGACCUUCUUGACUCUGAUGGCCAGGAGCUGCUGCUACAAACUCUGAAGGAAUUCAAGGAGGAUGCAGAGAUGGUGCUGGUGGGGAUCCGGUGUGUCCGGCACGCCUGCCUGAAACACGAGCAGAACCGCCAGGACUUUGUGAAAGGUGGGAUCCUCCCAGUCCUUACUGGAGCUAUUAUCCAGCAUGGAGACAGUGCUGAUGUUGUCCGAACAGCCUCCUCAGCCCUCAGAAUCAUGACCUUUGAUGAUGACAUCCGUGUGCCCUUCGGCCACGCUCAUGACCACGCCAAGAUGAUUGUGCUGGAGAACGACGGGUUAAGAGUCCUCAUUGAAGCUGCAAAAGCAUUCACAGAUAACUCCAGUGUUCUCAGUGAACUCUGUGCCACCCUUUCUCGCCUCUCUGUCAGGAAUGAAUUCUGUCAAGAAAUUGUGGAUCUUGGGGGCUUAAAUUUUAUGGUGGCUCUCCUGGCUGACUGCAUCGACCACCCGGACGUGGUGAAGCAGGUGCUGAGCGCCAUCCGAGCAGUUGCGGGCAACGACGACGUGAAAGACGCCAUCGUCAACGCUGGGGGCACAGACCUCAUCGUGCUGGCCAUCAGCCACCACCUCUCCAACCCUCAGAUCUGUGAGCAAGGGUGUGCAGCCCUCUGCAUGUUGGCUUUGCGCAAGCCAGAGAACUGUAAUGUCAUCAUGGAAGGUGGUGGGGCUUUGGCAGCCCUUCAGGCUAUGAAAGCACACCCACGAGAAGUUGCUGUACAGAAACAGGCGUGCAUGCUGAUCCGCAACCUGGUCUCCCGGAGCAGGGACUUUUCUCAACCCAUCUUGGAGAUGGGAGCUGAGAACCUGAUCACAGAAGCUCGUGCAACACACAGGGACUGCGACGACGUGGCCAAAGCUGCCCUGAGAGAUCUGGGCUGCAAAGUGGAGCUGAGAGAGCUGUGGACAGGUCAGAAGGGAAGCCUGGCUCAGUGAAAUCCAUCCAGACAUCUCCAUCUGUGAAAUCUAAAAAAAAAGGGGGGUGGGGUGGUGGGGAAAACAAACAAAACCAAACCAACAGUGGCAUGGAUUAAUUUUGCAGUUCCAUCUGGAAUAUCUGAAGCAAAUGCCUGGCUUGUGAGGCUGCAGUGAAGUUGUUACUUGGGAGCUACAGCUGAAAUGGCUUUAUGCAUUCAGGCUGCAAACCAACUCUGUAAUAAUCCUUCCCCCAAAUCAUCUAAUGCCUGCAGAUGAUCUGCUCCCCCCCCCAGGUGUUCUGUAUCUUCCCUGUGUGCAGAAAGGGCCGUGCCCAAGUGCUCUGUUCCAUACAUUAAGAGCAAAAGUGGCUCUUUUUCUGGUAGGAGUUUGGUACCUACCGUGGCAGCUGGUUCUGGUUUGCUCCUCCGCUCUCUGCUGAUGGAGACCAGGAGCCUGGUCUGCUGAUGGGAUGGAUGAGGAGCAAUCCCAUCAUUUGUGGCUCUGUUCUGUCCUGUUGUACUGUUCUACUGUUCUUUUACUGCUGCCCAUGUUCUGUGUUGCUGCUUGGUUUUGGAUUUUCAGCCAACGGAACAUUUGGAGGAACAAAAGCAACAUUAAUUAAGGAUUUUGGGAUUGUGUGGCCUAAAGCAAACCUACUUUAUGUUGCCAUUUGCAUCCAGGAGGAAAGUUCAUGUUCUCUUUUCAGUGAGAUGAACAAAUCAGGGACUGGCUGCAAGGGUGGUUGUUUUAAAGCAGGGACAAGCCAAGCACUGGGAGCCUGGGCUUUGAUUUUAUCUUCAGCAAAAAGCACUUCCCUGAGUGCAGGGGUGCUGUAACUGGUGUGAAGAAGCUCUGUGCCUCCUGGAGAAGACAGCUCUGGAGAUGGGGGCAAAAUGGGUGAGGUGAAGCAUCCAGACAGGCUCUGAAGUCUCAGCUAAAGGUUUCUGGGUGCCCCUGGUUCGUUUGGGCCCUGUUACCUGCACUGCUCCAGUGCUGAACCUUCCUCCUGAGCAGCUCCUGAUGUUGUAACUCGAGUGGGUGUUUUCUGGUGUGAUGUUUGCUGUACAAACGGUGACCCUAUAAAACCUGAAAACGU